AUGGCGCCUCCUUCGUCUUCUCAGAAUCUUCCGUCGAAUCCGGCGGAUCCCUCUCCGAUCACUGAUCACUAUGAGAAUUCCUACUACCUUAACAGUUCUGAUCACGCUGGGUUAAAAUUGGUCACAGAUCGUCUCACAUUUGGUGCGGAUUUUCAUUCCUGGCGGAGAUCUGUUCAGAUGGCUCUCAAUGUUCGUAACAAACUCGGCUUUGUUGAUGGUACGAUUCGAAAACCCUCUAGUACUAGCCGUGAUUCAGGUUCUUGGUCAAGAUGCAACGAUAUGGUGUCUACUUGGCUCAUAAACUCGGUCUCCAAGAAUAUUGGCCAGUCUCUGUUGUUCAUGUCUACGGCUGAGUCGAUUUGGAACAAUCUGCUGUCACGUUUCAAGCAAGACGAUGCUCCGCGCGUGUUUGAGAUUGAGCUGCGUCUCAGUGUUCUCUCUCAGGGAUCUCUUGAUGUUAGUGCUUACUAUACGGAGCUGAUUACAUUGUGGGAAGAAUACAAAAAUUACAUUGAGCUACAUGUCUGUACUUGUGGUCAUUGCGAAUGUAAUGCGGCGUUGUUAUGGGAACAGCUUCAACAACGUGGUCGUGUUACCAAGUUCUUGAUGGGGUUCAAUGAUACGAUGAGAGGCAGCGUAAUAUCAAAACCUGUUGUCAAGACUGAUGUUGUAGCCUUCCAGACAACAGGACCAGGACCUGCUGCGGAGUAUGUUAAAUUCAUGGAGCUUACUGCUGCGUAUAACGCAUACCGUCCUCAUGUUAAUCGUCCUCUUUGUACGCAUUGUGGACAACUUGGCCACACUGUUGCUAAAUGCUUCAAACUCCAUGGCUAUCCCCCUGGCUAUAAGUCAUCUUCUUCUGGUUAUCAAGGACAGUCUUAUGGUGCUCCUCAACGUCCUUUCACUCCUUGUGGUCAACAAAAUUAUACCCCGCGCUCUCAAAUACCUCCUAAGACUGUUGCUCAGAUAACUUCUCAUGCUGAUUCUACUCAGUAUGUUCCUCCUCCUGCUGUUUUAGCUACCUCUCUGGAUGUCAAUCAGCUGAGUUCUUCCCAACUUCAGUCUAUAAUUCAGCAGCUCCAAUCUCGCGUUCAACUCCCUGAAAAUGACUUUUCUCAGGCCUCGAUGAUUGGGAAGGGUGAUGUGUUCAAUAGUCUUUACAUCCUUGAUUUGUCUGCCUCUUCAUCUACUGCUUUGCCUGCUGGUUUUUGUGGCUCCUUGUCGGUUAAUUCCUCUACUUGGCACAAUCGUUUGGGCCAUCUGUCUGCUGCUAAGCUCCAUGUCUUGUCUGAUGCUUUGUCUUUACCUAGUUCGUGUAUGUCGUCUCAUGAGCACUACUCUUCUACUGCACCGUCUGCUUUACUUCAUUUAGAUACUUGGGGUCCGUUUUCUACUGAGUCUGUUGAUAGUCAUAAAUACUUUCUCACUAUAGUGGAUGAUGCCACUCGUGUUACUUGGGUGUAUAUGCUUAGCAAUAAAACUGAUGUUUCUCAUAUUUUUCCUACUUUUAUCACACAUGUUCAAACCCAAUAUAAUGCUAAACUGAAAGCUAUUAGGACUGAUAAUGCUCAAGAACUACGUUUUACUGAUCUCAUCACAAAAUAUGGUUUAACUCACUACUUCUCUUGUGCUUACACUUCUCAACAAAACUCUGUAGUUGAAAGAAAACACCAACACCUUCUUAAUGUAGCCAAAGCUUUGUUGUUUCAAUCUAAUAUUCCUUUAUCUUAUUGGUCUGAUUGUGUUGUUACUGCUGCAUUUCUCAUUAAUCGACUUCCGUCCCCAUUAUUGAAUAAUAAAUCACCAUAUGAGCUUUUACUCAAAAAGAUUCCUGAUUACAAUGUACUACGAGCUUUUGGUUGUCUAUGUUAUGUUAGCACUCAUGCUAAGGAUCGUCAUAAGUUUAGUCCUCGUGCCCGUGCAUCUGUCUUCUUGGGUUAUCCCUUUGGUUACAAAGGAUAUAAAGUGUUAAAUUUAGACACUCGCUCUGUUUCUAUCUCACGUAAUGUAGUCUUCCAUGAAACUAUUUUCCCAUUGCGUGAUGAUUCUUCUCAUGUGUUUGGUUUUUUCUCUCAUAUCAUUCUUCCUGCUUCUGCAUCUUAUGUCCCUGAGUCUACACCUACUACUUCUCAUGCAUCUUCAUCUCAUAAUUUCCCUACAUUCCCUCCAUCUCAUGUUGUUCCAAUGGUUUAUGAAACAGUCAUUUCAGAUACGUCGUUGGUUUCUUGUCCUGUUUAA